AUGGGGAUAGCUGAGUCGAAUAUGGACAAUCUUGUUGAGUUUUCUAAACUCAUUGAGGAGCACAAACAGAAACUAUUGAGCGAUCAAGAGGGUGGUUCAUCAAAAAAGGACCAGGAAAAAAUGUUCGACUCGUUUGUCGGGCUGUCUGCCCCAAAAGAAGUAGACGUUCAUCCUCCGGCACAGUCUAAAAACAAAGGUAGUGGAAAGAGGAUGAAGAGCAACAAGGAGAAUUCGAUUGCGGCAUCACAGAAAAAGAGAAGAAUAUGCAAGACGUGUGGCGAGAGAGCCGGACACAAUGCGCGUACUUGCCCUAAAAAAGGAGAUAUGUGUAUCAGCACCGUUCACGACUAA